AUGAGAUGCAAGCACGUAAAACAAACAGUUGAAGGACAUACAGAAGAAAAUGAAAAUGGAGAAUUUAGUUCUGAGGAAGAUGUAAAAGCUAGCCAAUCUGGGAAAAACAGCCAAUGUGAAAAAGAAAUUGAGAUUAAUAGGCUAAGACAAACGCUUGCUGAUAUCACAGAAAAACUGCAAUAUUCAUUAUCAGAAUAUCAACAGCUGGUUAAAAAGAAUGAGCAGAAAUCUCCGUUUCUGCAAACUACAGAGAAGAGAAUUGAAGCAAUAGUACAGAAGCAAAUGGCAAUAGAAGAAGUAAUAAAAGACAUCAGAAGUGAAAUGGAUAAAAAUAUGGUACACAAAGCUGUGGCAAAACAGUACAAACGAGAGAUUGAAGAAAGGGUUAAAAGGAAAUUGGUGAAACAGUUAAAAGAAGUCGAUCAAUUUCUACAGGUUAAUAUAUUGGUUUGGAAUAUGCAUUAAUUCAUUUUGCUGCAAAUUACAGUU